UUUGGACAGCCUCUAUGAUAGCCUCAGCAAGGAAGAGCGGCCAUGGCGCUGCGAGCAGGCGAAAAAGUCUCGGAAGCUGCUUCAGGAGGCAUGGGUGAGUUCCGCAAUUCUGGUCGCGGGCGACCAGGUCUUGUAAACCUCAAGCCAAUUACAAAAGGCCGCUGGAAUAAGGAGACCGCGUACUCCGGUAUGGCCAAGUUCAUCAAGGCCCAUUACUUGGCCCAGGGCUAUCCCGAGAUGCCUACGGACCUGGUGGCCUCCAUUGGCCAACUGAUGAAGACCAUCCAGGAGAAAAUGGAGUGGGUGACCGUGGGCGGGCGCCGCAUGCAGGCGGACUGCGGGCCGCCCUGUGACCAGUUCAUCAGGGUGACCACCAAUUGCGUGGCGAUGCUGAUGGCGAUAACGUUCAGCGCCACCGACCGCGCGCGCACCGCCCUGGUCCGGGCGCAGGACCUGGAGUUGAUUGGAACGGUGGAGCAGAUGGCCGGCCGCAUGCUGGACAAGCUGGGCGGGCCGCUGCUGCACGAGGGCGGCUUCGGCAGCGACGACAUGGCGGCGCUGCACCUGCUGCAGGAGGCGUCCGACCUCAACCAGGCGAUUGCGGCGGUGCCGAUCCACGUCAGCGUGUCCAUGUCCCUCAUGGUGCUCCACGGCCUGAACCUGCGCGAGAUCAAGUGGAUACUGAACUACGUGCUGGCUCGCUGCGCGAAGGAGCGGGUGGAAUGUUGCAUGAGCGCUGACGACCCCGCCGGCGCCCGGGCCGCCGCCGCGCUGUGGCUGGAGUACGCCCGGCGCCUGUCCGAGCUGGCGCCGCCGCCGCCCAAGGCCAGGCCGCAGGCGGCUGCGUCAGCGGCGGGCGGCCAGGAGGACGAUGUGGACGAGACGGCGGUGUCUGGACCCCAGCCCAGCGCCCUGGCUGCGUUCAUUGUGGCCGAGGCGCGGGUGUCCCUGGAGGGCGUCAACCCGCGGACGCUGGCGGCCAUGCACGGCGCCGUGAAGAUGGCGCAGGCGCAGGGUGACGACGUGGUGGGCUGGCUGGCGGCGUUGAACGAGGCGCAGCUGCGGGUGUGGGGCGCAGAGCGCAUGGACGGAACCUUCUCGGAAGCCGACGUGCAGCAGGCGCUGGACAUGGCGGCGGAGCAGCGCGCGAGCUGUCGGCGCUGGGGCGGCGAGCUGCACACGGAGUCGCGCUGCCGGGCGCUGAUGGCCGCCAUUGACACGGAGCUGCAGCACAGCCGCGAGUGGGGCGAGCAGCUGCGGCAGAGGGAGCAGCAGGCAGCUGGAGGCACCGGUGGAAGCGGCGGCCGGCGGCCCCUGCUGCCCGCGGGGCGGUUGCCUGUGCGGCCUCGGGGCGGGGACGGCUGGCAGUGCCUGCAGCCGGUGGCGCUGGCGCACCAUGUGUGUGUGGCGUGCGGCAAGAUGUACCACAAGACCCAGCUGUGCUCGCGCUGCAAGAGCGUGCGCUACUGCGGCCGCGAGUGCCAGUCGGCGCACUGGAAGGAGCAUAAGCAGGAGUGCCCCAAGCUGGCGGCAGCGGCGAAAAAGGACGCGGCGGGCGAGGCGGCGGCAGGGGACAAGGAUGCGUAGUGGUUGCAGGGCACUCUUUAAGGGGAUUGCAGUGCGUGCGUGCUUGGUGACGUGUAGGAAGGAAGGCCUACGCCCCAGUCACAUCUGUGGCGAAUUGCACACUGUUCAGGAAGUUGCGAACGACCGUUGUGCCUAGAUUGAAGUGCGCAACCUGAGGGGGGUCGCGCGAGUUGCGCGUGUGGUGGCGGGCGGCAUGUUGCCAUGUGGCGCUUUCACUUCCUGACCAAGCCAGCGUCACGCUUCCGGCUGACCUUGCAAAUGUAUACAAUUGAUCUUCACGUAUGCAAGCAGCGUAUGUGGCACGCACGGACGCGAAAGCUUGCGCUUUUCUGGUUCCCGCGCCCACCGUUCGCGACUU